UUUUUCCUUCAUAUCUAAGAUAACUUUAAGCAUUUCAAGUAGUGCAAAACUUUUCUGCUAUUCUUUUCUUUUUGUGGAUGAAUAAUUUUUUGGGCAAAUAUAAACUUGCGUCAACUCUAUGUUCAUUAGCAAUACAUAUUUCUAAAUCCAACUGCACAAUGGAUACAAUUGAAAUACUCUCUCCGUUCCUUUGAAUAGCACCAAAUUUCCGUUUGAGGUUGUCCCACUUAUUUUUCACUAUUUUCUUUUAUGGUCAUGGUCUCACCUCCUCUUUUUCAAUCUCAUCCACAAAUUUAGUCUCUCUUCUCAUCCACUUAUUUUUUCAUACACUUGUUUUUUUUGUCUAAUAUUCCAACUAUCAAUCAAACAACACUAAAUUUGAGUGCAAUCUAUAAUGGAUAGAAGGAAUACCUCACAAAAGUUUAUAUUCAGAUAACUAUUUAUCUGCAUUAUUAAGUGUUAAAUAUUCUCUCAUGCUAACUACAGUGAAUAGUUAAGCUUUGGACCAGAAUGAUCUUUGAAAAUAAAUUACUGAACCUGUGUUAACAAAGACAUCUCAAGUAGUUGUGUCUUGUGAGCAUCAACUAUGAGAAAACUAUUGCCAUAAUGUCGUGUUUGUUUACUUCUAUCAUUGCUAACAAUUUUUGUCAAUGUGCAGAUGAUAUCUACUUCUAAUUGCUAAGUCACAGAUAAAUAUCACAUGCUUUUUAUUACAAAGAAUUGCGUAAAUUAGUUGGCAGCAGUUUCAAAACUUCUUCAUUUUCCGACUCUGUAUUGACAAUUGACAUGUUCAUAGUAUUGGAGAUUCUUAGUAGUAAAAGCUUGGUUUUGGUGUCGUUUGGAAGUGAAAUCACCAAGCUCACUUUACCAGCACAUCAUUGGCUUGUCAUUUCGUAGUAGUUCAGUAGGUUAAUUGUUUUAGCUUUGCAGCCUGUGAGAUGCUAAUGGGAUGUUUGGAAGAACUAGCAAGGAGAUAUCCAGCUACAAAGUUUGUCAAGAUAAUUUCCACUUAUUGUAUACCUAAUUAUCCUGAUUGUAAUUUACCGACACUGUUGGUAUACAAUAAUGGUGCGGUCAAGGCAAACUAUGUAGGAUUGCAUAGUUUUGGAAAACAGUGCACAGCUGAAGGUGUUGCACUGGUUCUCUGUCAUUCAGAUCCUGUGCUUAAUGAUGGUCAGACUGUCAGUGAUGCUUCAUGGAGAUCUGUUCUUGAUGGAGAAAGUAAGAGACUCAUAGAAAAGGUUUUGGCUGAGCGUGAAAAUGCAGACGAUGAUGGUGCCUCAAGUGAUUAACUGGUCUUGAGAUUCUAAGUUUUGUUUCUUUUCUUUUUAGUUUCUUGUCUUUGCUACACUUUGGAAAGGAUGUGAAUAUUAGUCUAAGGGAGUAUAGUGGAUGGUUUGUUUCAUGUCACUUUAAGCAACUUCUUGUUGUUUAUAAUUGUGUGGAGAGUGAAAAGUGAAGACUUGUUAGAAUUUUAUUUAUUAAUUUCUGAACAACUGAACAUCAGUUUGCCCAUAGAUUGUAACUCAGCUCACUGCUGUAGAAUGAAACUUCUAUAAUUCCAAAGUUGCAUUGUAUCUUCUAAUCUCUUCACCCAUUCCCCUUUGUCUUGUUUAUUCGUG